AUGUCCCAACCAGUUUCUGAUGAAUUUACACUAGCUGUUUGUGGUGGAGUUGGAAAAUCCUCUCUCACUGUUCAAUGGACACAAAACCACUUUAUGAAAUACUAUGAUCCAACCAUUGAAUCCACCUUUUCGGUUCAUAAAAUUAUUGACAACAAGGAGACUCAUCUCACCAUCAUUGACACUGCUGGACAAGAUGAAUACAAAACAUUACGAGAUGUCUAUAUGAGAUCUGCUUUUGGAUUUGUUUUGGUUUUUGAUUGUACUUUAAAAUCUUCUUUGGAAGAGUUGAAAGAAUUUACAAAACAAUUGGAACGUCUUAAAAAGGAAGAAGUUCAUGACGAAGAAGAACAUGAAAAGAAGUGGAAAGGAAAUUUGUAUCCUUGUGUGGUAGUGGCAAAUAAGUUUGAUUUGAUACCUGAAGAUUAUGAAAAUCGAGAAUUGACAGAAAAGGAAAUUAAGGAAUUUAUGAAAACGGAAUUACUACUUUCGGAAAACACACCUUUAAUUUUUACAAGUGCCAAAACGGCUUGGAAUGUUGUGGAAUGUUUCGAAACGAUCGUACGAGAAAUGAGAGCCUUUUCAAAGGUGGAAUUGCCUCCUCAAGAAGUAACCUCUUCACAUCAAGCAAAUUCGUCAACAAGUAGAAAACGAAAUUCAUUGUUUUUGACUAAAAUGGCAUCCGUUUCUGACAGUCAUGAUUGUCAAAAUGAUUUAAAAAUGUUCUUAAUGUAG